AUGGUUUUUGAUAAUCAUGAGGAUAUGUUUGAAUUUUAUAAAGAAUAUGCUAGAAAGGCUGGGUUUCCAGUGCAAAGAAGGUCAAGAAGGAUGACAGAUGAUGGGAUUUUGAGAGGUGUGACCUUUGGUUUUGCAAAAGGACGUGAACACCAGAGCCGAACUCAAAAUCAGACUAAACCAAGGGGAACAUCUAAAAGUGGAUGCAAUACUUAUAUUACAGGAAGGAUGGAGAUCUCAAUGAUCGAGCUCGCAUUCCAUUGUGAAAAACUUCAACUUGUUAUGCUUGGGUAUGGUGGAUAUGAAUACACAGGAUGCACAUUAAAGGAUAUUAGAAAUGCAACCAAUGAAGUAAGAAACGCACGACUUGGUCACGGUGAUGCAAUGUUGAUUAUGAAAUAUUUUGCAAAAAUAACUGCAGAAAACUCAGGCUUUUAUUUUAAAAUUCAAAGUGAGGUUGAAGGCUACUUGGAGAUUGUAUUUUGGGCAGAUGGUAUGAGUAGAGCAGCUUACAAGGAGUUUGGUGAAGUAAUUAGCUUUGAUACUACUGCGUGGUUGGAGUGUAUGUCUGAAAUUGCUCCCAAAGUAAUAGUAACUGACCAAGCAAAAGCGGUGCAAAAUGCCAUUGAGAUUGUUUUUCCCCAAGCUAGACACAGUUGGUGUUUGUGGCAUGUGAUGAAGAAACUUCCCGAAAAAUUCGGUUCAUACAAUAUGUUUCAUGAGAUUACUUUUGAUAUGAGAGAUGCAGUGUACGAUUCACAAUCUCUGGAAGAGUUUAAACAAUUGUGGGAUUGGAUGGUAUCCGAGUAUGAUUUGUACGAGAAUAAAUGGUUGAAUGAUUUGUACAAAGAAAGGGUCGUUGAGUGCCUUAUUACUUGA